CUGCCCCACCCUCAGGUACUCACUGCCCCGGGAACCUGUUCGUGCCGGCCUCGCACCACCAAGCCUCUGUCUUGCGGGCUGAAGCUAUAUAAAGCCGCCCUGAGGUCCGCUCCACCACUGUCUGCCUGUGACCAUGAAGGCUGUCCUCCUCGCCCUGCUGCUCACUGGCUUGGCCCUGCAGCCAGGCACCGCCCUGCAGUGCUACUCCUGCACAGCCCAGGUGAAGAACCAGGACUGCCAGAACGUGCAGAACUGCACCAGCUCCGAGACCCAGUGCCGGACUGAGUACAUCCGUGCUGUUGGCCUCCUGACCGUCAUCAGCAAGGGGUGCAGCUCGGCCUGUGUGGAUGACUCACAGAACUACUAUGCAGGCGAGAAGAAUGUCACGUGCUGCUCCACUGACCUCUGCAACGCCAGCGGGGCCCACGUCCUGCGGCCAGCUGCCAUUAGCCUGGUGCUGCUCACUGCUCUUGGCAGCUUGCUGCUCUGGGGCCCUAGCCAGCUGUAGGAUCCAGGAGGACCCCACCGUGUCCCAUGCUGAGCAGUGGUGCUCAGGGUCCCAGGGGCACUCCUCACACACACCUGCCCAGUCGAGGCCCCUCCUGGACCCUAACUCAGUUCAGACCAUGCCCCUCUGCCCUUUCCAGCCAUCCCUGGCUCCCUCCAGGCCUGCCCAGCACGCUGGGUUCUAGUGAUGCGGAACAGCCUGCGGAUGGCCUGUUCCUCACCUGGGCCUCAGGCUGCUCCUGUUUCCACUGCCUAUCUGACCUAUCCCAUAACCCUUGCUUAGGCCCCUCUUCCUCCAGGAAGCCUUCCCUGCCUGCCCCUUCCAUGAGCUGAGCCAGGUCCCACCCACAGUAUCCCCUGCACCCAGCAUGAAGCAGGCACUCAGGAGGGUCCACAAAGGCUGAGAUGAAACAUACGGGGUAGAGUUGGGGGCAAGGCGUGUAAGAUCCCAGGAGUCCCAAGAGAUGAGGUCUGGAGGGGGUACAGUUCCCCAUGUUCAUGGGGUCCAGAGGCAACACCCCAGCGCACAGAUGGCCCUUAAUAAAGGCCCACUGGCUUAGCUGCA